AGUUAAAAUAUUUCAUCCUGUGAUUUCAGUUGUUAGGGUUUUUUUUAUUAUGUAAUCAAUCUCUUUAUUAGUUGUAGGUCUUUUCAGAUUUUCUGCUUCUUCAUGACUUUGCUUUGGUACAUUGUAUGUGUCUAGGCAUUUGUCCACUUAAUCAGUGUUACGCAAUUUGUUGGUGUACCUCAGAGACUUCUUGAAAAAGGUAAGAGGCGUGCAAUUCUAUCAGUUGUAUUUCACUGUUAUUAUGCUAGAGCCCUACUGAUGUGGCCAUAAGGGGUGUGUGUGGGGGGGGUAUACAUUUCAUUGACUUAUGAUUUGGUGCCAUUUUUAGGAAGCUUAUAUCCCUGAAUUAUGAAAAUCACAACUUUUAUAAGGGCUUCUCAUCCUCACCCAUCCUUGGUUAAAGCAAGGGUUAGAAGUGGAUAGAAUUGUAUAUUUCCUUUUCCCAGGAGUUUUAGCUCUGCUAACAUCCCAGCUGGUUAGACUUUUGGGAAAUAGUUUGUUUUCAAGGCGGUAUUUGUUAAGAACAACAGAGUUCUCUGGGCAGCUUUCAAAAUGGCUACUCUUCUCCUAGAAUCAGGAAGGGAUUUUUCUCAAUGUUAAAUGUGAGAACUGGUAGAGUUUCUGGAGGUAAAUCUCCCAAAUUUUUGUGGACCCCAUAAGACUGGGCUCUUGGAUUAUUUGCUUCUCAACUUUGUCCCUACUUAGCCUUCAGCAAUUCAUCAAUUUCAGUUUAGGUUUUCCUACCCCUACUGCCUCUUACUGAGGUUUCUGUUCAUGGGUUCCUGUUCCAGUAAGUUAUGACUCUUUUAUCAGUUGGGUUGGUGGAGUCCGAGUAAAAUCUAGUGUCCAGAUACCAUCAAAGAUUAAACUGUGUGGACAAGUAUUUCCAAGGAUGCACACUCCGAGGACUGCUAAUGUUAACUUUGUUCCAUACACUAAUUGGUAGGACUUUGUUGUGACAGGUGCUACAAAUCCACCGAACAAAGAAGCAUUAGGGGUGUCCCAGGCAGUACAUCUUUCUCCCUGGAUUCACGUAGACAUGUUUUCCUAUUCUGCUAUUGCUUUACUCGAUAAUUUAAUCCUAGCAUAAGAAUUGCUGUGUGGGAGGAGGUGAGUAUAGACAGAAAUCAAGGGACCCCAGAAAAACCUUAAAACUGAGUUUCUGGCCAUCACAGGAUGGUAGGUCAGAUCUGCCUUAUACCCUUAUACCUCUUAUACCCUCUUUUUCAGUUUAGAUACAACUACUGACCAGCGUUUAUAUUAAAAAAGAGAUUGUAAGACUCAUGGAAUGGACUCUUUGUGGCAAUAGGAUACCAAAUUAUAAGCAAAGGUUAAGUUAUGCACCCUUACACUUAAGGAAUAAGCUAUGUUCUAACUGCCACAAGAUAUUUCUUUUUCUCUAGUAGCUAAACAAACAUUGGCCUUGACAUAAGUGAUAUUAAAACAAUUGCAUCUCAUCCGCCAGCAGACCCUGACUAACUGACCCCCUAUCCCACAAGCCAUACUUACAGCUUUAAUUAGAUAAGAGACUGAUUUUUUUUCCUUUUCUUGUUAGAUGGGUAAUAUGGUGAUGUCAUAACAAUGUUUGAAGGAGGCACAUCUCACAUAUAAGUGUAAAAACCCAAUCUUCAUUCUUAUGAACUACAAAAGGAUCAAGAGAUUGAUUUAAGUAACUUUGUUCUGAUAAGACACCACCAACCAUGGAUUGGUUCUGGCCAGAUUACAGAGGCUGUGCACUUGAGUGCUUUGGUGUCCCUGCUUCACCUUUUGAAGUAUAGGGACCAAUUAUAAUACAUAUAAAUGUUAAGUCUCCACCCCAGAGCGACAUGGGACACAUGGAAUAUGCAUGUUUACUUAUUACGCAUGCAUGGAAUCCCCUGUCAUGAACGUUUACCCCGCCUUAUAACCUUUUGAAUAUAUGUACUUGGCCAACCCAUUCAACAUAAAUUCCUGUCUUACCCCUUGCAAAGUGUCUGUUUCUGGGCUCUGCAAUGGUCACCUUGCAAACUGUAACCAUUUAUUACUAAUAAAACACUCCUUUGCGAAUGUAUAAAUCAUGUUUUUUAAAUUGACAACAUAGAGUCUGAUGACCAUGUCAUGGAAGAAAUAUUUGGAGACCACAGCAUCAUGUGGACAUCUUUGAAUAGAGCAGAGGUCCCUAAUGCUGUCAGUUUCACCCAUCCUCCUCUACAUAUGUGGGAUGUUUCAGGACUCAGUGGCCUUUGAGGAUGUGGCUGUCAACUUCACUGUGGAGGAGUGGGCUUUGCUGGAUCCUUCCCAGAAGAAUCUCUACAGAGAUGUGAUGUGGGAAACCUUGAGGAACCUGGCCUCUAUAGGAAAAAAAUGGAAAUACCAGAAUAUUGAAGAUCAGUACAAAAAUCCCAGGAGAAAUCGAAGUCUUCUGGAAGAGAGACUCUGUGAAAGUAAAGAAGGUAGUCACUGUGGAACAACCUUCAGCCAGGUUCCAGAUGAUAUGCUGAACAAGAAAACGCCUCCUGGAGGAAAGCCAGGUGAAAGCAGUGUGCAUAGAAAAGUCUCCAUUAGUCAUUCAUCCCUUAAUAGGCACAUCAGAGCUGACAGUGGACACAAACCAUCUGAGUAUAAGGAAUUUAGAAAGAAGCCAUACACACGUAAGCAAUCUGAGAAAACCUUCAGUUAUCGUGAUUCCUUUAAAACACAUGAAAAGCCUCAGACUGGAGAGAAACCCUAUGAUUGUAAGGAAUGUGGAAAAUCCUUUAUUUCUCUUGCAAAUGUUCGAAGACACAUGGUAAUGCACACUGGAGAGGGUCGUUAUAAUUGCAAGUUUUGUGGGAAAGCCUUGGAUUGUCUCAGUUUAUGUCUCAUACAUGAGAGAACUCACACUGGAGAGAAACCAUAUGAAUGUAAACAAUGUGGUAAAGCCUUUAGUAAUAAUGCUACCCUUCAAAUACAUGAAAGAACUCACACUGGAGAGAAGCCAUAUAAAUGUAAGGAAUGUGGAAAAGCAUUCAAUAGUCCCAGUUCCUUUCUUAGACAUAAAAGGACUCACACUGGAGAGAAGCCCUAUAAAUGUAAAGACUGUGGUAAAGCCUUCAUUUGUUCUGGUUCCUUUCAUAGACAUAAAAGAACUCACACUGGAGAAAAACCAUAUGAAUGUAAGCAAUGUGGGAAAGCAUUCUCUCAUCUUCUAAGCUUUCAAAGACACACGAUAAUGCACACUGGAGAUGGACCUCAUAAAUGUAAGAUAUGUGGAAAAGCCUUUUAUACUUCUAGUUCAUUUCAAAGACAUGAAAGAAGUCACACUGGUGAGAAGCCCUAUCAAUGUAAACAAUGUGGGAAAAGCUUCCGUUGUUCCAGUUCCUUUCGAUAUCAUGAAAGGACACACACUGGAGAGAAGCCUUAUGAAUGUAAGCAAUGUGGUAAAGCCUUCACUUGUUCCAAAUACUUUCGAAGACAUCAAAGGACUCAUACUAUAGACAAAUCCUAUGAAUGUAAGGUGUGUGGCAAAAUCUUCAUUCAUUCUAGUACCUGUCAAAGACAUGAAAGAACUCAUACUAUUAAUGUGUGAGAAAAAAUGUUAUUUUGUUAAGGAAUUUGGAAUGCAUUCAGCUGUCCCCAGUUCCUCUCAAACACAGGAAGAGAGUAGAGAAAACUCAAUGAGAUAAUUGACUUUGAAUAAAGAAGAGAGCCUUGUAAUAGGACAAUAAACUCUACAGUUGGAAUUGGAUCUCAGGAUUAUAUGUUGGGAACUAGAUUUCUCAGAAUUUAUUCCAUUUAUGAUUCCAUGGUACAAUUCACCAGUAGCCUGUUUUACAUGAGAUUUUUUUUUGAGAUAGAGUCUCACUCUGUUGCCCAGGCUAGAGUGUUGUGGCAUCAGCCUAGCUCAC